CCCACACAGCUCGCUACACAUGAUAAACACGACAAGACGCAGGUACAGACAGACGAAACAAAUCACACAGGCUAUGUACUGAAUACAAUAGGACUUGGCCUACGCUACCCUACCCUGCCCUACCCUACCCUACCCCCAUCCCUCGUCAAAUCGAUUAGAAGGGCAGACCACCACAGACACUCGGACAGACAGGCAGACGGACAGGCAGACGGACAGACAGACACUCGCCCAGCCCUCCCAGACGGACAGGCAGACGGACAGACAGACACUCGCCCAGCCCUCCCCCCUCCCCCCCCCUACGCAAGUGUCAAGUGAGGGUGAGGUGGGUGCUGCUCACAGCCGGGGCUGUGAGCAGCAGGCGAAAUAUCACCCCCACCCCGACACCUCCCCCAACAUCACCCACCGGCUCGGCAGCCCGUGCUGCUGGGCCACGUGUGCAGGCAGCCACAGCAGCUCCUUCCAGGACCCCCAGCCGCACCCCUCGCGCACUACCCACCCUCCCUGGACCGCCACCUCGCCGUGGGGGGCGGUGAAGGUGAACUCCACCGCCUCCCACGCCACCCGCUCCCACUGCACACCCACCGGCUGGGCGGGAGGGGGGUACGUGGCCUUGGGCGACGGCGGCAGCGGCUUGCCCUUGGGCGGCAUGGGGGUGCGGUGGUGGCUGGGCGGUAUGGCGGCGGCGCCGUUGCCCUCCUCAAACACCUGGUACUCCCGCUGCCGCUCGCGCACCGUGCUUGCGGCGAGGCCGGGAGGGGUCGGGGGCGGCUGCCAGCCGGGCGGCAGCGGCAGCAUGCGCGCGUUGGCGGCCUCCGCCGCGUCGUCCAUGUCAAACUCGUUGGGCGAACGGUUGCGCUCUGAUACAUAGCAUUGGAGCAAACACAGUGACAAAGCAAGUCGUUGCCCAAUCGUGUGUAUGUGUGUGUAUCGGUGUGUGGGUCGUACCGUCUGUGGGAGGGCUCAGCCGCGACAGUGGCGUGCCGGGGAGGACGACCGGCGGAGGGCUGGGCGGCGGCGUCAUCUCCUCGAGCCGCUGGCUGGCCAUACGGGCGCAGUGGAUCUCCCAGCUGGUGGGGGCGGGGCCGUGGCGUCGGGUGCGACGGGGCGGGGUGGGGGGCGGGGUCUCCGUGUCCUCGACCUCAUACUGCAGCAGCUCGCCUGCACAGCCACACACAUCAAUCAUGACAAGAGCCGCAUGGACAUCACAUUUAUUUGCCUGUCUCCCCGAGUGAGUGUGUUGUGCCUGACCACUGUGGGUGCGGACGAUCUCGAUCAUCCCGCCCUUCACGCGCAGCAUCAGGUGGAGGGUCGACUCCUUCUGGAUGUCGUAGUCCGACACCGUGCGGUCGUCCUCGAGCUGCUCGCCGGCGAAGAUGAGGCGCUGCUCGUUGACCGGGAUGCCCUCCUUGGCCUGGAUCUUGGCCUUCACACUCUCGAUGGUGUCCGAGUGCUCCACGUCCAACGUAAUCGUCUUGCCUGCACAACACACCAACACACGGACACCACACACAUGUCUGUGGCCCUCUGCAGCGUGUGUGAGUGAGCGCGGCGCGGCUGACCACUUGGCGUCUUGACGAAGAUCUGCAUACCGCCCCUCACACGCAGCACCAGAUGGAGGGUCGAAUCCUGCACGCCAAGCGACAACAACCACAGACACACGUGUGGGUCACGAGGCCAUCUCAUGUGUGUCUCUGAUUUGUGUGUGUGUGUGUGGCUGACCUUCUGGAUGUUGUAGUCCGAGAGGGUGCGGCUGUCCUCGAGCUGCUUGCCGGCGAAGAUGAGGCGCUGCUGGUCGGGGGGAAUGCCCUCCUUGUCCUGAAUCUUGGCCUUGACCUGCACACACGCCGCACACAGAUCACAACACACGCGUGUACCAGUGGCUGUCUUGACGAAGAUCUGCGUCCUGUCCUGCAGACGCAUCACCAGGUGGAGUGCGCUCUCCUUCUGGAUGUCGUAGUGCGACAGGGGGCGGCUGUCCUCGAGCUGCCUGCCGUUGUAGAAGAGGCGCUGCUGGUCGGUGGGUAUGCCCUCCUUGUCCUGGAUCUCGGCCUUGACAGUCUCGAUGGUAUCCGUGGGCUCCACGUCCAGCGUGAUGGUCUUGCCUGCAGGCCAACACACCCACACCCAUGGGUAUCACUGCAGGAUGGCCACCUGACGUGUGUUGCCCGACGUACCAGUGAGUGGUUCGUACACGUAGAUGUGCAUUCGCUUCAGGCGCAUCAUCAGGUGCAGUGUGUUCCCUUCAUCGAUGUGGUAGUCCGUCAUGGUGUGGCCGUCCUCGAGCUGGUUGCCGGCGAAGAUCAGACGCUGCUGGUCGGGUGGGAUGCCCUCCCUCUCCUGAAUCUUGGCCUUGACACUCCCCACGGUGUCCAUCCCCUCCACGUCCAACGUAAUCGUCCUGCCUGCACCACAGCACACAACGAACCAGGUGCCAAUGCAUCCAACUCAUCCGGAUGGUCAUUUUGCAUUGGCCAUUUCCCCCCUUCAGCGGGCAUACAUCGUGUCUCAGACCCUCCCGGCCCUGGUACCUGUGGCGGUCUUAAUGAAGACCAACAUGCUCUUGCUGCUGUCAGCUCUGCUGCUGCUCUGCUCUCUCUCUCUCUCGGUCUUUUGGUCUUUUGCCC